CUUUUGUGCUCUGUUUUUCAGCAUUUUGAGAAGCAUGAAUGCUCUGUACAUGUCUGCUCUGCUCUGCUCUCUUCUGCUCGGCUUCCUGUAUCCUACAGGAGCGGAGGAGAGCGAAGCAGCAGUUGGGAGGAAGGAGAGGGAGAAACGGAGCUUACCCUAUUGGGGCUUGUGGUCGUCAGACUUUUUCGGAUGGUUGGAGGAGCUACGAGCUCAGGCAGCUCUCGACGGGAUGCACGACCUGGCUCGUACCUUCUGGGCUCACUUCCCCAUCAGCAGCGAGCUGGGCUACGAUAAUCCCGAGUCGGACCCUCAAACUGAGGAGUGAGGCCAAGAAGAGAUAGUGUCCUGAUAAGAAAUUCAAGAGUCUGAGGGCAGUUAGGAGUCACCUGUAACAUGUGUUAUGAUGUUUACAGUUCAGAUGAUCGAUUGUGGUGGUGCUGUGACUCUUUAUGUAUGUAGAAAAAUAUGAUUUAAAAAUUUUUCUCUUCUUCUAACCUAAUUAAACCAGUA